UUGUUACAGACCCCGACCUUAAACGUUCCAAAUCGACAGCUUCCAUUUUAUACUCUCUCCACGCAGCAAUGGUUUGCUCCGUGUCGGCGGGGAAAUCCGGGCCAAACUGGCUAGAACGGCUUCGUUCCUCCAGAGGGUUCCCCUCCGGCGACGCUUCCAACCUUGAGAAUUUCCUCAACAACCCGACUUCGCCGGACCUUAAACAACCAGAUCCAAUCCCGGAUCACAACCCUGACCCGAAUCCAUCCCAAAAUGACCCGGGUUUCGAUCGAAUCCAGAAGGAGGAUAACCAAUUGUUUGAUGUAAUGACCAAUGUCCUCUUCGACCUCUUCAAUUAUGGAGACUCCAAUAAUGGUAAUUUUGCAAAAAUCAAGAAACCCUGUCGAAAACAGUCAAACCCUAGAAUUUAUAUUCCUUCGAAUAAUGACAUUAAUGAGAAUAUUAACGUGCAUUCCGAGAAGGAGUCAAGAAGUGAUGAUGAUAACAGUCAAGUGGCUGGGGUGAAGGAGUCGAGUGAGAAUUUAGUAUUAAGAAGAAAUGAAGAGGAAGGUGAUACGAGUAAAGGGAAUUUGUCAGGAUUUUCGCUGACUGAGGUGACUGUUAUAGACACGAGCUAUAAGUCGUGGAAAUUCGAGAAAUUGUUGUACAGGAAGAAGAAUGUGUGGAAGGUUCGCGAUAAGAAGGGCUCAAGUGUGAAUGUGGGUAGUAAAAAGAAGAGGAAACAGAGCGCAAGCUUCUUGGAUGGGGAGAAGAAGCAGAAGGUUGUAGAUAAGGAAGCAAGUGGACGAGAGCGUGAGUUCGAGUUGAAUGAAGUAUCUUAUCAGACAAAUAAAUCAGUGGAAGGUCAUGAAAGGGCUCUGGACACGGCCGGCAAGAUUCUCAAAAAGAAGGAAGCGAACUUGAAAUCGGCAAAAGGAAGCACGCCAGUUAUUCUUAUUAAGAGUAUUCCCCCCAGUAAGAAAAAUGGAAUAAGCAUUACCAAAAACUGUAUGAAGUCAAAACAGAAUAAACCUUGAGAAGUAUGCUGUUUGGAAGUUCUGAGGAAGGAGUUGGAAGUCAUCUGGGUUGUAAGCUAGUAGCAUCUGAAAGAUUGGAGAAUGAGCACAAAUCUGGUGCUUGCAAACUGUUAAGAGAGUUAAGGAAUUCUUUAUUGUGUAUGUUCUUCCUGUGCCUUAGUCUCUGUAUUUUUAUAAUUAUUUUGCUCUCUGCAACCCAUGAAGGGGAAGGGAGGGAAAGGUGUUCAGUAUUCAACAUCAAGAUGCAUUUUAACUAACUUGUCUGUCAACAAUAACAUGGGAAGUCAGUGGCCUUUUGUAAGCUAAUGAAGUUCAUAUCAAUGCAAUUGACAAAUACUUAGUUUUUUA